AACGGGUGGGAAAAUAAGUAAGCGACAAAUAACUCUAGGGAUCUCUAGAGGUUCUCGUGUAGACGCAGUUGGGUUCGGCAGCGGUAGCGAAGGUGUUGGUGAUCGUUCUAUCGGUCGACCGGUCGACGGAUCUGACGAUGGCGUCGUCGUGGAUGCAGUGGCUCACCAACCCCCGCCGCAACUGGUUCGCGGCCCAGCACUACAAGGCUCUCUCCAAUCGCCUCAAGAAAUACGGGCUGCGCUAUGACGAUCUGUACGAUCCGAUGUACGACCUGGACAUCAAGGAGGCCCUGGCGCGGCUCCCGCGCGAGGUGGUGGACGCCAGGAACCAGCGCCUCAAGCGCGCCAUCGAUCUAUCCAUGAAGCACGAGUACCUUCCCGAGGACUUGCAGGCAUUGCAGACACCUUUCAGAAGCUAUCUUAAAGAUAUGCUGGCUCUUGUGAAGAAAGAGAAUGCAGAGCGUGAGGCACUGGGAGCUUUGCCUGUUUAUCAGCGCACAAUUCCAUGAUAUAUCAAGCAAGAUCGUAUUUCGUCAAUGAAUUGUGACGAAAUACAAGAGCAGUGCCCGAAGUUAUUAGUGUUAUCUGUGACCUACCUUUCCUUCUACAUAGUCUUGUUGCGUUGGCUUGGGUCAAUCACAACUAGAUUUUUGUUUCACUUGUUGCUGGUGCCUUUCAAUCACAUGUUUGUUAUGAGUUCGUCGAAUAAAUUAGAUGGUGUGAUGUCAUUAACUUAAAUUAAUUGAUGGUCUGAUUACUGUUAA